AGUUUGAGAUUCAAGGCAAGGCCCAUAGGCUGACGCGGCUGCUGAAAGCCUUGCAUGGCAAACUUGCCGGAAUCGUGGGUAAAGUGGCGGCGUGAGCGCGAGAAGUACUGGGCGGAUAUGAAAUCAAUUGCUGCAACGGCCGAGGCAGGUGGCGCUCUGGAUGACUCUCGCCAACGACAAGACCUGUUAGAAGAAAUCCGAGAGCCCGCACAGAAGUUGCUGAAUCGUUUGCAGCGUGAUCAUAUCGCUUCUGGGUCCGCAUCUAUCGAUGAUGUGCCCAUUCCUGCCGGGACCACAGUUAGUGAGCUUUUCGCUCAAAUCCAGACUGCAGCCAGCACGGUGGCUUUACCCGACAUGCAAAUCCAGCAGUGCUCAGUCAUAGUGCAGCUCGCUCGGAUCCUUGAGCAGCACUUGGACAUCUCUGUCCCCCCAACGCAUGCCAGCGCAGUUGAGAGCUCCAUUGUGUCUGCCAUCGUGGGACUGGAGUCCGAGAGUGUGUCUCUAGAGGAAAGAGGUGAGAAGGAGAAGUUGCAAGCAGAGCUGGUGCCGUUUCGGCAGGGCUUGGAAGCCUCGUGGAACAUGUACAAAGAUGGAAUUGCCGCGUGCCCUUGGGGGCACAUGCUCAGUUCUGGGUGGUUUCAGGGUCCGCCUUGUCAUCUCUGUGAAAGGCAAGACUUGGUGAGGUCUUGCCAAAGUUGCCGGACGGAUAUAUGCAAACACUGUGUUCAGACAUUGCUGGGCAGGCCUGACAGGAUCCAGAAGUUGCACCUGGACAUUUCAACCAUCGAAAGUUCGCUGUCCCUCGGCUGUCGGCCGCAGUUUGACCCGGACAACCCCUGCGAGAUUGGGAGUCUGGUGGCGGUGAUCAGACAGAGUCUGGGAAGGUCAGACCAACAACUCCGGAAAGCAGCUGAGCUGCUUUUGGUGAUUCACUGUCUUCACGGCCCGGUUCCCACCAAGCGCCUUGCUGCUAUCCUGCAGAAGCAUGCUCAAAAGGCUGCAAGGAAGGCUGACACGCUUGGGAGGGUGGCAAUUGCUUGCACUCCUACACCCCAGUGGGCCUCCCAGACGCCAUCCGAACCCAUACGGCGGUGCCCUACGCCAUGUUGCACGUGGUGGUGCCCCUGUUGCCCUGGGACGGUGAGCCCGAAGUACGUCCUCAUCGUCUGCGAUGGGGUGAUUGGCUGCGGCAAGACCACGUUGCUCGACGAGAUCCGGGGCGUCGAAGUCUUCCGCGAGCCCGUGGCGAAGCAUUCCAAGAACUCUUGGUGGUACUUGCUAGUGGCGUUCUACGAAGCCAUGAACAUGCCCGAGUCGCCCGCUGCGUCGCAAGCUCGAAGGGAGGCAGUUUCUCAGCUCGAGAAUACUAUUUGGGCGCACCAUCGUGGCAUUGCCACGCAGCGAGUGACGCAUGCAAUCACGGAGCGGAGCUGUGCUUCGUCCCUUCACGUCUUUUGCAAGACACUGCAGGAGAGCGGGCUCCUGGAGAAAAGCCUCUUUGAACAAUUUGCGGCUGAAUUCCGCAAGAUGGAGAAGAAUGUGUGCCACCAGCCGACGCUCACGGUAUACUUCCGCCUGCCGGUGGACGAGGCAAUGAGAAGGAUUCAGAAACGAGCAAAGGAGGAGGACCGCUUCUUUGAGAAGGACAUCACUUUAAAGUACUUGGAGAGCUUGCAUUCGAAAUAUGAGGAGCUCUAUCAGGGCCGUGAGGAUGUAAUCAUCAUCGAUUCCGCCCAACCAACAGAUGAGAUGCGCCGUGACGUGGCCGACCAGCUCCAGCGAAGGUCGGAGGAAUGGUGCAAGGUUCUCAGGAACAAAGGUUUUCCAGCAUCCCAGUUGGAUCACAUCAUUGGCUGGUUCAGAAGUCCAGCGAACGCUUAAAUUGGAAAAGCCCGACAUUUGCACACCCUGUUUGUUAUUUGUGGUGUUCAGUAGGUGUGUAAAAUUGAUUUGCAUCCUCUCACAUCAUGUGAGGAGCCGACAUUUUGUACUUGUAGUGUCAGUUUUGACUCAGGUUUUGAGACACCAGUGCCGGUGCCAGAUCCGACCCGAAAGAGAUUUGAGAUUGAAGCAGCUGGAUGUGUUGGCAACAGUGAAGAAUUUGAUUGGUGUUUAAUUUGCCUCAAUGGCAUCUCCUUUGCGUGUAAAUCUGCACCGGGAAUCUCAGAACUCAGCGCGGCGUUUGCUACAGAGAGCGUGCAGCGUUUGCGUGUUUUUUACUUCGCAAUGUUCGGCAGGCCGGUUGCUUGCAUUGUGUGAGACACUGGUGCCACCGCCCAAAAGUUGUCCAAGAUGGACAUGAGACUGGUUGGCAGUGAGGGGGAUUGACUUGCUGAUCGGGCUCCUGUCAACGCUUAAGAAGCGGUGACACAUUGAGGCGUGGAAGAUCAAGGUAUCCCUUCCAAAGACUUUGGGCCCCGUGAGUUGCAUGGCUGGUGACUCACAGAUGCUGAGACGAGCAAUUUUUGUGCGCCUUCCCUGCUGGUUUUCUUUCCAAACCUUUGGCCCUUGCUGACUUGAGCUUUCCUGAAAAACUGGGCCGCAAGACAAGUGCGGGUGUCAUAGUCCACCAUCAGUGGGCACGCACUGUUUGUGGUCGUUUGAAGUGUAUCCAGUGACUUGCAAGACGCGGGUCAAAGUGGCAAAACCUGAGCCACGUCCCCAAAAAAAACCAGGGCAGUGAAGGUCAGCAAAGCCACCUUUGCAGGGCACGGAAUGAAGCCAGAAAGCCGAACAAAAUGGGAUAGCGUGGUUUUGGCUCGCACUUGCUUCAACGCAGUGCUGGAAAUGAAUCGCCCCUGUUCAUUGGCGACAGAUGGACUCAAGGAAGUUCAGCAGGGCUCGAAGUCUUUUUUCCCUUGGUUCAGACUUGAUGAGAGACGCUUUCAAAGCUGAUCAGUGAGGAGACCGGCAGGUGUACACAGAUUUCCUUCGGCGCUUGUAAAGGGCAUGCUCGCAUUUCCACAGCGGCAACAGCCAAACAGGCCGAAUGUUGCGAUUUCAGUUGCGCGCCGAAAAACGCGCCACGCACAGCCAUUGUCACUGGUUUAAGGGCUUCGUGAACAGAUUCUCCGUGAGCUGCAGAAGUCAGAAGGGCCGGAUGUGUAGCUUACUUCCAGGUCAGCCGGGCAAAGCUGGGGCUACCGCUGCAAAAGACGGUGGUUGCACAGGUUGCCAAAUAUGCAGCUGCCUGUGGCCGCCCAGCAUUUCGGCGGGCAAAAUCAGAUCGCCAGGGUUCUUUCAGGAGUUUGGGCCAGCGGA